UGUAAUUCAAGGAGAAAGUUUAACUUAAAUGAAAUGCACAAGUUUGGGGAUGUGGUUCUAGGUGGGCUUUUUGAGGUCCAUUACACCUCUGUCUUCCCCAAACUGACUUUUACAUCAGAGCCACAGCAGCCCGUCUGCAAAGGCUUUGACACUUUAGGCUUCAGGCAUGCAAUGACCAUGGCUUUUGCUGUCGAUGAGAUCAACAAGAAUUCCAAAAUUCUUCCAAACUUGACCCUGGGAUACAGCCUCUAUGAUAACUGUGGGGCACUUGCUAUUGGAUUGAGUGGUGCCUUAUCUCUAGCCAGCGGCCAAGAGGAACAGUUUCUGCUUAAGGAGAACUGCUCUGGAAGCCCUCCUGUAGUGGGGAUUGUUGGUGAUCAUUAUUCAACUUUUUCUAUUGCCUCAGCCAAUGUUCUAGGUUUAUACAAGAUGCCUAUUGUGAGUUAUUUUGCCACAUGUUCCUGUCUUAGUGAUCGGCAGCGUUUUGCCACCUUCUUUAGAACAAUCCCAAGUGAUGCUUUCCAGGUUCGUGCCAUGAUUCAAAUUCUAAAAUAUUUUGGUUGGACAUGGUUUGGCUUGUUGGUGACUGAUGAUGACUAUGGACUUCAUGUGGCUCAGUCCUUUCAGUCUGACCUGGCUGAAUCUGGCAAAAGUUGCCUGGCCUAUCUUGAGGUUUUGCCUUGGGACACUAACCCAAAUGAGCUCAGGAGGAUUGUAAACUUGAUAAAGACAUCAACAGCUCGUGUUGUCAUUGUUUUUGCACAUGAAAUUCACAUGAUACAACUAAUGAAAGAGGUGGCACAGCAGAAUGUAACCGGUCGGCAAUGGAUUGCCAGUGAAGCCUGGACAACAGCAUCCGUUCUCCAGACACGAGAACUCGCACCAUACCUAAGAGGUACGCUGGGCAUUGCAAUACGGCGUGGAGAAAUACCAGGGCUUAAGGACUUUUUGUUAAAGAUACGCCCUGACACAAAUGACAACAAUGGAAAUAACUUGGUGAAGCAGUUCUGGGAGCACACAUUUAAGUGCAAAUUCAAGCCCUCUGAUUGGAACGACAAGGAAACUGCAUGCACUGGUAAUGAAAACAUUGAACUGGCAGAGACAGAGUUUUUGGAUGUUUCAAACCUCAGACCUGACUACAAUGUUUACAAGGCUGUCUAUGCUCUGGCUUAUGCCCUUGAUGACAUGCUGCAGUGCGAGCCAGGAAAAGGACCUUUUAAUGGACAUAGUUGUGCCAGUUUACAGGCUGUGGAGCCGUGGCAGGUUUUACAUUACUUGCAAAAAGUCAACUUUUCUACUAACUUUGGGGAUCAAGUGUCUUUUGACGAGAACGGUGAUGCCCUACCAAUAUAUGAUGUCAUGAAUUGGCAACAACUGCCUGAUGGCAAAACAGGAACUCAAAAUGUUGGUGAAGUAAAAAAGUCAAUCUCUGGGGGGGAAGAACUCACAUUGGACGAGAACAACAUCUUCUGGAACACAGAUUCAAAUAAGCCAAUGCGAUCAGUUUGCAGUGAAAGUUGCCCUCCAGGAACUCGUAUGGCCAGAGAAAAGAAUCAACCUGAAUGCUGUUUCACCUGUGUAUCCUGCUCAGGGGGAAAGAUUAGUAAUAAGACCAACUCCUUGGAGUGCUUCAGCUGUCCAGAGGAUUUUUGGUCCAGCCCACAUCAUGACCACUGCAUUCCUAAGAAAACAGAGUUCCUGUCCUAUCAAGAACCUCUUGGUAUUUGUUUAACAACCACCUCAUUGCUGGGCACAUUUAUCUGUGCUGUUGUUUUGGGGAUCUUCAUCUAUCACCGCAGAACACCUAUAGUUAGAGCGAACAAUUCAGAACUGAGCUUUCUGCUCCUAGUGUCACUAAAACUAUGCUUUCUAUGCUCCCUGUUGUUUAUUGGUAGACCCAGGCUGUGGACAUGUCAGCUAAGACAUGCAGCAUUUGGGAUUAGCUUUGUACUUUGUGUCUCAUGCAUCCUGGUGAAAACUAUGGUGGUUCUUGCUGUGUUUAAAGCUUCCAAAGCAGGAGGUGGAGCUAAUCUCAAGUGGUUUGGAGCUAUGCAGCAGAGGGGAACAGUUCUGUUUCUUACAUGCAUUCAAGCAGCUAUUUGUGUUGCUUGGCUUGUCUCCUCCUCACCGACUCCUUACAAAAAUACCCAGUACCACAAUGACAAAAUAGUUUAUGAGUGUGCAGUUGGGUCCACUGUUGCUUUUGGUGUGUUACUGGGAUAUAUUGGUAUUUUAGCUACUGUUAGCUUUUUCAUGGCCUUCUUGGCAAGAAAUCUUCCAAAUAACUUUAAUGAGGCCAAGCUCAUCACUUUCAGUAUGCUAAUAUUCUGUGCAGUUUGGGUGGCUUUUGUUCCUGCCUACAUCAACUCUCCAGGAAAAUAUGCAGAUGCAGUGGAGGUAUUUGCCAUUCUGGCCUCAAGUUUUGGUCUCCUGGUGGCUCUUUUUGGACCUAAAUGUUAUCUAAUCCUGCUCAAACCAGGAAUGAAUACAAAGAAGGCUGUCAUGGGUCGAUACACCAAAUCAUAA